AUGAAAAGUCCACCAAUUAGAUUCAUUCAGGAUUUUGGUGAUGUUAGAAGUCUGGGAGCCGUUCUGACAAAGACGCUUCCACUCGACCUGUCUUCGUACGGCUUCACACCGCCUCUGCUAUCCCUACCUGUCAUACAUCCAGCACUACUAUCAUCUAUAGUGGAUAUGCAAAAUUCGAGCACAAAGUAUCUUUCUAUCGAUCCAGGAGAAUCUGGGAAAUUCAACCAAUCGGAAAGCAACAAUAAUGAAAGCACUCAACCCCAGGUAUCAUCAUCUCGUUCCGACAGCGAUUCCACAGUUUCUCCAACUGCACAUCGUCACAAUGUGAUUGUAAAGAAUCAUGCUAAACGGAAAAAAGAACUCGUUAAAGACAGUGCGUAUUGGGAACGUCGACGAAAGAAUAACGAUGCAGCGAAAAAAAGCAGAGACAGUCGACGGCAGAAAGAAGACGAUAUGGCUUGUCGUGCGGCAACACUUGAACAAGAAAAUAUUAAACUUCGAGCAGAACUGGAGCAACUAAAAAACGAAACUGGACAUUUACGUGCACUUAUGUUACAUGCACCAGUGAAGGCUCCACUGACAAUUCAUCAUCCGAUCGGCUCCUCGUCACUUCACUCAAAUCUUUCGAUGAUUGCUGCGCCGUCUGUGAUCACAACCACUGAUUUUUGCGGCAGUCUACCACAUUUGCCGUUCACCGCCGGACCGCAAAGGAAUACAGUACUCGUAAACAAUGUGAAAACUUAG